AUGUCCCAGGUCGUGCCGAAACUAAUUGUUUUACCAGUCACUUCUACAACUGCUUUUAAGGGUUAUGGUACUAUAAAUUUGUUGAAAGCACGGCUCUCUGAACUUGAAGAACAGGAAUCGGCUCAUGAUGUAUUGGAAGACACCUCGGAUCUUCAAGUAAAUGUGACCAGUAUUCUUCAACUCGUUUCCUCCAAUGGAUGGAAUCUUUCAAUCAUUCCAGAACACUCUCCCCUCCUUACAUUCAUUCCAUUUAUCUAUCAAGAAGCUUUAACCAUCUCCAAUGCCACGAACUCUUAUCAAACAAACGUACCUGUUCACGCUGAUCUUACACCAACAAAUUUGUGCCCGCGCAUCAUCGCAAGCAAUUAUGUGGAUAUUUCGACACUUGUUAAAUCAAAUCCACUUAUUUUCGGAAUCGAUAAGGCAAUCUUUGGAGAAAAAUUACGUCAUUUGUCUUCUUCCAGUUCGAGUCGUACAUCAGAGGCGUGUUAUCUCUCUGCUGAAGAGGAUACUUCCCUGAACGAUGAUCUCUUCUAUGAUCCUAUGCGAAUGGAACUGGCGAAUUCUUUCGAUCAGAAUCUAGAAUCAACUCUAAAGCACGAAGUGGAAGAGGGCAUGUUGAGACUAGAACUUCAACCAAAGAUGGAACCCCUGUCAUAUGAACACAAUAUUGGCCUAAAUGAAGCACGUAUGUUACAUCACACUACCGAUGGGAAAGAAUUACAAAAUAUAGACUACUCGGAUGAAAAGGUACAAACUGGAGCUUCAGAAAUAUCAAGCGGAUUUGAACGAAGUAUCGAAUCGCUGCUACUAACAGAAGAUUCAGUUGGGACGGAGAGUUGCAGGAGACCAAGUGUUCGUUUUAAUGAUACUGAAGAGAUAAUUGUAUUUGGUGAUGACUAUUCAGAUUGUAAAACAUCAAAUGAUGGUUCAGUUGUUGAUGACGAAAUAGUAGAAGAAACUCUGGUAGAUUCAAACAUGGCUUCACAACCAACCAAAGAUCUGAAAACAGAAACUGGACAAACGUCAGGAGAUACUUUAGAAGGAGAUUCCGAGCUGCCCGAAAAAGUUUCUGAAUAUAGAGAAAAUCUUAAUUCAGAAAUAAUUCAGAAGAGUAUUGAAUCUACUCAAGGUGACACUCAAAUUGUUGGAUCGAAUGAACAAGUGCCUAAACUCGAAGAAACACAGGAGAAAGGUUCUUCUAAAUCUGGAUAUGAUCAGAAACAGUUGUGCUUCAACUUGGGAGCCGUCCAGUUGCCUGACAGUUUGCUUGAAUGCUCUCAAGAAAACACAAAGAAGGCUGAUAUUUGUUUAAGUCCAAUUGUUGAGGAAAGCCAGAUUCAAGGUCAGAUUUCGAUUGAAAACACAGCUAAUAGAAUAGCACAAGAUGACGUGAACCCGAAGGAAGUAGAACUCAAAUGUAAACAAAUUCUGGGUAAGACCGUGGAAUCAGACACGUCUGGUGAAGGUAUAUCUCCUCAAGAAGAAUCUUCCAAGAAUCAAAUUCCAGUUGAUUCAGAAAUGAUUGAAGAAAUCAUUCAGAAGAACUCUGAGUCGGUUCAAAGUGACUCUCAAAAUGCUGGAUCCAGUGAACAAAUACUUGAACUCGAAGAAACAUUGAGGGAAAAAGGUGCUUCUAAAUCUGAAUAUGAUCAGAAACCGUUGUGCUUCAACUUGGGUUCUGUCCAGUUGCCUGACAGUUUACUUGAAUGCGCCCAAGAAAACACAAAGAAGCUUGACAUUUGUUUAAGUCCAAUUGUUGAGGAAAGCCAGCUUCGAGAUCAGGUUUCAAUUGAUGGCACAGUUAAUAGAAAGGCACAAGGCUAUGUGAGUUCAAGGGAAGACAGACCGGAAUCUCAGCAAGUUCCAGAAAGGACACUGAAAUCCGACAUGACUGUUGAAGAUAUAUCCUCUCAAGAAGAAACUUCCAAUAAACGAAUUCCAGUGGAUUCUGAAUUGAUAGAAGAGACAAUUCAGAAGAACGCUGAGUCGGUUCAAGCCGACUCUCAUGAUGCUGGAUCGUGUGAACAAGUGCCUGAACUCGAAGAAUCACUAGAGAAAGGUGUUUCUAAAUCGGAAUAUGAUCAGAAAUCGUUACGCUUCAACUUGGGUUUCGUCCAAUUGCCUGACAGUUUGCUUGAAUGCGCCCAAGAAAACACAAAGAAGCCUGACAUUUGUUUAAGCCCGACUGUUGAAGAAAGCAAGUUUCAAGAUCAGGUUUCAAUUGAUGAAACAGCUAAUAGAAUAUUACGAGAUGAUGUGAAUCCAAUAGACGUUACGCCGGAAUAUCAGCAAGUUCAGGACAUGUCCCUGAAAUCAGAGGUAGCAGACAAUAUUCUUCCCUCUCAAGAAAAAUCUUCCAAGAAUCAAAUUCCAGAGGAUUCUGAAUUGAUAGAAGAAACAAUUCAGAGGAACACUGAGUCGGUUCAAGCCGACUCUCACUUUGCUGGAUCGUGCAAACAAGUGCCUGAAUUUGAAGACUUACUGAGAGUGAAAGGUGCAACUAAAUCUGAGUAUGAACAGAAACCGCUGUGCUUCGACUUGGGAUUCGUCCAGUUGCCCGACAGUUUACUUGAAUGCGCCCAAGAAAACACAAAGAAGCUUGACAUUUGUUUAAGUCCAAUUGUUGAGGAAAGCCAGCUUCAAGAUCAAAUUUCAAUUGAUGACGCAGCUGAUAGAAUGGCACAAGACUAUGUGAGUCCAAGGGAAGACAGACCGGAAACUCAGCAAGUUCCAGAAAGGACACUGAAAUCCGACACGACUGUUGAAGAUAUAUCCUCUCAAGAAGAAACUUCCAAUAAACAAAUUCCAGUGGAUUCUGAAUUGAUAGAAGAGACAAUUCAGAAGAACGCUGAGUCGGUUCAAGCCGACUCUCAUGUUGUUGGAUCGUGUGAACAAGUGCCUGAACUCGAAGAAUCACUAGAGAAAGGUGUUUCUAAAUCGGAAUAUGAUCAGAAACCGUUGUGCUUCAACUUGGGAUCCGUUCAAUUGCCUGACAGUUUACUUGAAUCCGCUCAAGAAAACACAAAGAAGCCUGACAUUUGUUUAAGCCCGACUGUUGAAGAAAGCAUGUUUCAAGAUCAGGUUUCAAUUGAUGACACGGCUAAUAGAAUGCUUCAGAAAGAUGUAAACCCAAAGGAAGUCACACAUGAGCAUGAACAAAUUCUGGGCAAGACAGUGGAAUCAGACACGACUGGUGAAGGUAUAUCCCCUCAAGAAGAAUCUUCCGAGGAACAACCUCCAUUGGUUUCUGAAAUGGUCGAAGAAACAAUUCAGAAGAACACUGAAUCGCUUUCUAAUGCACCAGUAGUCAAUAUGGGCGCUGAGAAUGAACAUGAAAUAAUCAAUGAAUCAUCAUCAGAAUUUAAUACAAACUUGAUAUCGUCUGUUGAUCUAAAAUCUCAGUUGGAACCGCUGAAGCACCAGGGUCUAGUCGAAAUGGCGGAAACAGUUCCAAAUUUUCAGAUGUCUUCUAUCUCAUGCGAAGCUUCUUUUCUGUCAUCCGAACAGAAGCAAGCAGGAUCAUUCGAAACGCCCAGUGCAUUUGAUACGAUUGAGGAAUCGACUAUUCUCCCUCGUGGUGAAGAGCACUUAGAUCAAGGAUAUGCUGGGAAUGACGAAAGCGGAGUCGCUGCUGAUGUUGGGCAAUUUAUUGAAGACAACACCGAUACUUUGCAACAGCCUGAGUUGAGUGCUCAGUGUUUGUUUUAUGGUACCGAACGUACCCAUGAGAAUGCAUCAGAAUUGACAGAAGAAUUACCAUCAAAUGAGGCAUCAAAUAUUGAGUUACCCAGUCAACGCGAACCUAUGAAAGACCAAAUUCAGAUAGGUAAAUCAGUUAGUAAUGUUCAUUUUGAUGACAAACUGAUCUAUUACGAAGGUGAUAUGAAAGUGAGUGAAGGUCAACAAGCUGGAAUUUCAGAAAUUUCAAGCGCUUUCGAUAAUACUAAAGACGUGACCCAGUCAACAGACAUGAAUAUUGAACCUGCUGUCAAUAAAAGUGAGGCUUUUGGAGAUAUUCAAGCUGUGCCUAUUGAUUCUGCCCUAAAACCAUCUUUCAGCGAUCCGAAAAUCAUUGGUUAUCAGCAAGCAGGAUCAUCAGAAGUUGUACCUGGCUUUAGUGAAGAAGUAAUUGAAUCAAAAUCUAAUGAUGUUGUGGAAUCAACAGACUCACUUGAAGGAAACUUACAUUGUGGAAUUGAACAAAAGAUGGAAACCGAAUUUGAGAAUUUUGUGGACAUGAAUAUUAAGGAGGAACUCAAUGAAAAGCUGCAAUUGGAAAUGCAAUCGAUAGACUACAAAAUUAUCGCAGAAGCUGAAGUUUCAGUUCAACAGUGUGAUGGUCCAUCUACUGAAAAUAGAAGACCCUCUUUGUAUGAUUCAAAGCAGGCUGGUGCAUCAGAAAUGUCUGCAAUGUUUUGUGAAGUCGAUGCUUUUAAUGCAGUGUCUAAUGUUGCCGUCAAAAACUUUGGAAUAGCAAAUCAGGCUGAUACACUGGAUUUGAAAACAGCACAGAACGAGGUAUCCAUUCAUGCGGAAACCGAAAUUUCACAAACGGUAGAAACAGUUUUGAAUACGGAGUUUUCAAAAGGCAAUGAGAGUCAAUCGCAGAAUGCUGAAGCAGCCCUCACUCUGCAAUCACCUCUUUUCCCUCAAGACCUUGAUACUGAAUGCGUUAAGGAUAUUGACACCACCGAUUGCUCUGCAGUUAACCUACAAGUUGCAACACAUCCUACCAGUGACCUUCUACCACAACAAAUUGAAUUGCAUCCUCUUGAACAAUUUUUCAACUUACUCGAUAAAAACACCAACUUUAAUGAGCGAGGUGUUAAAGGAAGUCUAGUGAGCACUGAUGGUAAGCUGACAACUCUCCCCGCUGAAAUUGUGACAACGAAUGAAGCCCAAUUAGAAAGGGGUCACGGUAGUGUUCAGAAUCUCUCUCAACAAGUUGCAACGACCAUCAUGAGUGAAGUUCGACGACACUCAAUUCAACUUCGAAGGUUGUCAAGUCACUUCUCCCUCAACAUCGAUGCCUUUGAUACUUCCAGAAGUCUCUUCGACACCUGGUCAGAAAGAGAUAAACCAGAACGCAGGAGGUAUUAUGCCUCCUUCGACGUAGAGGCAGACAAGCGAAGAGAAACCAGUCCAGAGCUAAUGUCUGUGGAGGAAGAUGAGGUUGUGGAACGCCUAGACGCAGACAAUCCCGAUCGAUGGGUCGUGGAGGCUGCAGCACCCUAUAGGUCUGGUCGUCUUGCUGCCGUAUGCUUGUUGGAGAAACCCGUGGCUAGUCACUAUCGCCUCUCAACCAAUAAAAAUCCUCGGGAAAAGUUUAGGGAGGAAGUGCUUACCAUUUCAAACAAACAACACGAAUGUCUCAUGAAGAGAAGGCAUGCGCUAACAGAUUUAGCGGAAGAGGAGGAGGGCUAUCAGUUCCGUAUUAAGACGCUUCGAAACUUCCUCAAACGUCUCGAAGGCACACAAUUUGAAAAUGACAAUAAAGUACCCUUACCGGAAGAAAUGGUUAAAGCUACAAAAGGAAUGCUCGCCCAUAUUGAUAACAUUUUGGAGCUGUCUGAAAGUUCAUUACUGAAAUUUCAAGCGUGCAUCGUUGAUCCAUUACAAGCUGCGAACUGCUUCACUCAAAAUGAAUCUCAGUGGGCAGAAUAUUCAGCUUAUCUUUACUAUUUGAAUCAAUGGAUGCAAUCGUUUAAGAAUCUCAUAUCAGGGGACAAACUGAAUAACGUCUUCUGUCUGACACCUGAAAAUGACGGCGAAGAGGGGAGAAUCUAUGCUCAACAUCUUCUUGAAUACCUCUUUGCUCCAAAAACUCACCUUUCUGCUUACGAGCAUUUACUCAGUUCGAUGGCAAGAUAUUCCAGUAGAGCCAGUCAGGACACUCGUGGACUUGAGGAGGCUAUUACAGUAUUGAAACAAAUCCAAAGACGAACAAGUGAAGCCCUGAAGUUGUGGCCUUAUGUGUCGAAUAUGCCAGUAAAUGGUAGUCUGGGUGUCUUACCAAAUGAAGACGAAGAUUUUGCUGCAAAUUCUCUACCACAAACUAUCAUAAGAAUGACCUUGCUUAAAGUCGGCAAUCAGAAUGCUGAGGAAAAUCUUGUAGAAAAUACGCAGGAAGGCUUCUUGCUACUUGAUCGGAAUAGUCUUCUUUUCAUACAGAAAGUGCCAGAUGAUCAAAAGAAACAUGAAAUUCUGUGGAAACUGCCGUUGGAAAAUGUCAGGCUUCGUACGGAUGGGAUGGAAAUGGACACAGCGAAUUUCGAGUUGUGGGAUAUUUCCUAUCCGGAGGAACAAAUUAAAUGUGUUUAUACAAUUAUCCCAACCAGUCCAGUUAACCAGCUGGCUUGGAUUCAGGAUAUAGAACGUGCGAUGAAGGAUAAAGGCAUUGUUGAUACCAUUGUCGACGAGGCUUUGGUUAAAGCUCACCAAGCUGCAGUAGAAGAAGUUAAUGGAAGACGAGUGAGCACUGUGGAUGAUAUACCAGCCGAGGCAAUUGAUGUAGUUAAUGAAGCAUACUACGACGUUGACGAAAUGACCAAAUCAAAGAACGUGGAUUCGGAGGCAGCUCAGCAGGCUAGAGCAGGAGACGAUGAAUCAUCACUAACCUACUACUCAGCCGAAGGAUCGAUAAUGCAGUUACCUAAGCAAGACAAGCCAAGACCGGACAGUAUGCUAAGUAUUGAUUCUGUCAAUACAUUGGAUGGUGUCACUAACCCCUUCAUGGAGCAGAUACCCGAACAAGAUGUCAAUACCAUUGAAAGAACAGAAGUUGUGCACGGGCAGAAACUUUUGCCCGGAGAGCAAUUCGUUCAUAAUUCAGAAGUUCAGAAGAUAGAUUCUUCUGAAGGUGGAGAAAUGGAGUUAACUAUUGAGACAUCGACUUCAGAUGAUGAUGCUUACACGACGGAAUGGACAUUUAAUGGAGUUCCUGUUGAUUCAGAAAAAAUGGGAUCUUAUCCUCGAAUUGAAGGGAACGCAGUGUACCUGUUUGUUCCGAAGGUAUCCAGAGAGUUACACGAAGGUCGAUACGAGUGUACUUUAAGUUGGCCAUCUGGUAUGAAGGCAAUAUUUCCAUUUGAGGUUACAGUGCAUGAACCUGAAGAAGACUUUGAACCAACAAAUGAAAUUAAUAAACUUAAGUUGAAGACGGUUGAGGUUUCGAAAAUACCGGUUGCUACUGAAAGCGAGGAAGGUUCCAUUGAUUACCAAGAAGUACAAAUUAAUGGAGAACCAAGCAAAGAUGUAGCAUCGAAGGAAAAUGUCAAACCGAUAUUAGUGGAUGCUGAAGAACCGCUAACGCGAUAUCGAGCAUCUAAGUCUAGUAUUAUUGCAAUUGAAGAUGAAGUUAGUGUGAAUAAUGCCCCACCAAAUGAAACUACCGAUGUUUCCACAAAGCAGGAAAAGAUUUCCAGUUCUGAAGUUCCUAAGGUAUCCGGAGAGUCAACAACAUCUACUCAACCAUUAAUUCAAGAAUACAUGGAACCAAUUAAAUUAAAAACUGUUGAAGGAGAUCCUUUCAGAAUAACAGCUACUGGGCGUGUAGAUUCCUCUGCUGCCAUAGUCUGGACACUUGAUGGCCGUAAAAUUCCAGCAAAUGCUUUUGAAAUUCAAAGAAAGCAUUCAGCUGUGGAGUUAACAAAGCCUAAAUUUGUUGAAUCAGAUUCUGGCGAAUAUACGCUCUGGGUAGAUGGUAAAGUCAAGGCUAAUUUCCUUCUGACUGUUGAGAAACCCAAAGAGGAGCCCAAAUCGAAGGAUGAUACUGAAUUGCUUCCAAAGAAAACUGAAGUCCCUUGCGAAGAAGUUGAAAAAGUCGUAGAGGAAAAGGUGGAGACAUCUCAAGAAGAAACGCCAAAGAUAUCUCCAAAGGAGUCCAAAGAAUCCUCACCUAAAGGAGAAGAUUUGGCAAAGGUGGCGGUUCAGCUAACCAAUCUUCAACUUUUUGAAAAUGAUGAUUUCAAGCUUUUGGCAACUAUUCCAAUAAAUGCGCGUCAAUUGAAGUCUGAUAGACUUUGGUGGACAAAGAAUGGAAAGUCCUUUAUAGAUGUAGAUGGAGUUGCUAUAAGGAGUGCAAAAUUCAUGUCAAGAUCUUCCAAUAAAUCUCCCAAGUCAACUGAUGUGGAUCUGGUAAAGAAAGAGACCGUUACACCAGAAGAUGCUGCUACCUAUGUUCUAAUGGGUGAGCCAAGGGUAAAACGGGGUUUCAAAAAUCAGGAAACUGUAUACGCCACCAUAAUAGUUUCUGUGAUAGAAAAAACAAAGCAAGAACCGGAGAAAUUGGAAAAUGAACCUGAAAUUGAAACAAAUGCUGAACCAGAACCGGCUAAAGAAAUCCCUGAGGUCGAACCUGCGACGGACGAGAUCGAGUUAAAGAAAAAGAAGAAGAGUCGAGAUGAGAUGGUUGAAGAGAAACCGAAAAAGAAGAAAUCUAUUGUUGACAGUAGUAAAGAGAAAGGUCGAAAAGAGUUUGGGGAUGAAGAAACUGAAGUGAAACCAAAGAAAAAGAAGUCCACUGAUGAAACAGAAAAAGAAAAGUCAAAGGAAAAGAAGGAUUGGGAUGAAAAUGCUCAAGAGACUCCGGGGAAACGAAAAUCGUCCAUUAACGAAGUUCAGAAGGUACCUGAAGAGGCUAAAAGGCAAGAAAAGGCGGAGGCGACUCCGAACGAGGUGGUUGAAAAGGAGCUUUCGCCUAAGAAGGAAGAGGAGGAGAAGGUUAAUAAGUCAGAAUCCCCUAAAGCAGGAACCGUUCCAACAGCAGCAACUGCUGAGAAUAUUAUCAAAUUGAAAGAAGGCGAAAAGUUUGAACUUAAGGCGAGUGUUCCUAUUGACUCUAGACAAAUGAAGAGCGAUAGACUCUGGUGGACUAAAAAUGGAAAGGUACUUAUGGAUGUUGAUGGAAUUUCACCCCGAGGAAGCGACUUCAAGUCUAAAUCAACCACAAAGUCACCCAAAUUAACUGAUAUCGAAUUGGUCAAGAAGGCGCCUACCUCCAUUGAGGAUGCUGGUACUUACAAACUAAUGGGUGAACCUAGGAUUAAAAGGGGCUUCAAAUCACAGGAAACCACUUAUAUUUCGUUUGUUGUUUCUGUUGAAGAACAACCAAGGGAUGAACUUUCUGAACCACUUGUGGAAGAGGAGAAAUUGAAACCUCAAGACGUUUCAAAGGAAGAAAUGAAAACAGACACUAAAGAACAAAUGCCUAAAGAGGAGGAAAUGUAUCCUAAAGCAGAAGAAAAGGUUGAAGAAGUGCCUUCUAAACUUACUGAUGAGGAAGCGAAGAGGAAAGAAUCAAUCGCAACAAGUGAUACGGUAAAUCUUACUGAAGGCGAUAAAUUCCAAUUGACUGCUACCAUUCCUCUGGAUUCUCGUCAACUGAAGAAUAAUAAACUGUGGUGGACUAAGAAUGGAAAAUCGUUCAUUGAUGUUGAUGGCAUUGCUCCAAGAACAGCUAAAUUUACAUCCAAAUCCACCAGUUUACUGCCGAGUACUUCAAAAGUUGAGCUGAUUAAAAAAGAUCCCGCAGGUAUUGAUGAUGCUGCUACCUAUGUUCUUAUAGGUGAACCGCGAGUUAAAAGGGGUUUCAAAAAUCAAGAAACUACCUAUGCCACAAUUGUGGUUGCUGUAGCAGAGAAGCCUAAAGAAGUGCCUGAAAAGGUCCAACCAGAAGUACCUGAAGUUCAGAGAGUAGAAAGCAGGCUUGAAGCAGAGACGACUAAUGCGACCUCCGAAACUGAAAGACCGCAAGGAGAAGAACGGGAGAAGGAAGUUAAACCAAAGAAAAAGAAGAGCAGAGAUGAGACCUCCGAGGUGAAACCUAAGAAAAAGAAAUCCAUCGACGAAAGCAGUGAAGGGAAGCCAAAGAAGAAGAAAAAGAAGUCUAUCGAUGAGACAAAGCCAUCAAAGGAAGAGGAUAAGAGAAAUGAAGAAUCUCUACCAGUCACUGAAAUGCCUAAAGAAGAUGCAAAGACUGACUUACCUGACGGAGGAAGAGCCAUUAACUUAACAAUUGGUGACAAAUUAGAACUGCUGACCGAAAUACCACUUGACGCGCCUCAAUUAAAGAAUGAAAAGCUCUGGUGGACUAAGGAUGGAAAACCACUGAGCGAUGUCGAUGGUGUAACUGCACGAAGUGCCCAGUUUGCUGCAAAGUCUACACCGAAACCUCCGAAGUCCACUGAUGUUGCAUUAAUAAAGAAAGAUCCAGCAGCUCCAGAGGAUUCAGGAACAUACGUACUUAGGGGUGAACCAAAAAUAAAACGUGGUUUAAAAUCUCAAGAGACUAUCUAUGCUACUAUUGUCUUAGAAGUAUGGGAUAAGGAGACCGCAGAAGCACCCGAAGAAGUUAUGAAAGAAGAAUUGGAAGAGGUUCCAGAACCAUCCAAGACCGAAGACGAAAUUAAACCAGAAGAAACGGGAAGCAACGAACUGGAAACAAAGAUACCAGCCUCAGGAGAGGGAGAUGAAAAGAAGGAGAAACGAAAGAAGAAGAAGUCUCUUGAAGGUGGGGACGGAGAAGAGAAAAAAAAGUCAAAGAAAAGAAAGAAGGGAGGUGAUGGUGAGGAAGAGGCAAAACCGACACCUUCUGAAGGUGCUGUUGAACCAACUAAAGAAUCUGAAACAAAACCAAUUGAAAAUAUUGAACUCCGCUGCAUUGAAGCGAAUGCAAAUCGGCGACUGGGACAUGAUAAAGUUCCGAUUCCAGCUGGAGAGCCAUUAUGUCUCACCAUUACUGGAAUUCCGCCCGAUGUAGCUUCUGUGGAAUGGACCCUUAAUGGACAACCAGUGCGUUCUGGAAAACACGUUCAACGUCUCCUUGAACCUAAUCCUCUUGGUAAGCGAUAUGAUGGUGAACUCAUGGCUCAGCUCUAUCUGGACUCCACUGUUCUUCUCGACUCUGGUGAUUAUGAACUGUCUAUUAAACCGACAGACGGUUGUCCAGUAUCUGCCAAUCUUAAAAUUCCAGUGGAGAUUAUUCCGGCGAGGAAAGAUCCAGCAAAGAGCCGAGCCAGAGCAGAAAACCAGUCAAAAGUCCCAGGGGUGGAGGAAGAAGAUAAUGUUUUACAAGUUCAGCCGAAUCUUUGUCAGCCGCUUGGUUUUGCAGCUUGUGAAGGACAACCUCUGAGCUUGAUUGCUGAUCUUAAUGUACCUCCAGAUCAAGUUCCACCCGAAUCUGUUUCAUGGAGUCGAAAUGGUGUUCCACUUUCACGUGACGAUCCUGCAAAUGAUUUUAGGAUUGAACCAUCGGAUCAGAAUCGCGGUCAUACUUCUGUCAUCCUCUAUAAACCUGCUGUUACACUUGAUGAUGUCGGUUUCUACUCGGUUGCCUACAAUCCACUUCCAGCUAUUCAAGAAGAACCACUUGCUGAAGAGGAGGACGAGGAAGGUUAUGGAGUAGCUUGGGAAGUCGACUUUCCUGAACUGUUGGUCUUCCCUGAUGAGAAACCGAAGCAGGCAGCCCCUCCGGUCUUUACUAAGGAACUUCCAACUGAAAUUCGAGUAUCAGAAGGAGAUACUAUCACACUUGACGCUGAAAUUGCUGAACCUAUUCCAGGAAUAACUCCCAUAUGGUCUGUGAAUGGUCAUACUAUUGAACCCACAAGAACAUCAGAAUACGUGGUGUGGGACAGCGGAAAUUACUUCGCUUUGACGAUUCCAGCUGCCAGUCGACAUCAACUUGGCGAAUACAAGCUCAAGUUGAUUUCAGAUUCCAGCACAGCCACUCCACUUUCUACAUCAUGUCGCCUUCGAGGAAAAGCUGAUUUUGAAUCCACUCAAUUUGACACUUCAAAACGUGCGGUGUCUGUUGUGGAUGGAAUUGCUCCAAUGUUCACAAGGAAGCUCGCAGACGUGGACUGUUAUUCUGGAGAUUCUGUGGAACUCACUUGCCGUGUUGUAGGUGACCCCAUUCCUCACUUCUUCUGGCGUCACAAUGAUGAAAUUGUCGAGACCGAUGAGUAUCACCGAAUUCGCUCACUGGAUAAUACUUCCACUCUGAAAAUCCUUUCAGUUGAGCCAAAAGAUCGUGGUGUGUAUAUUUGCAGUGCCGUCAACGAACUGGGCAAAUCACAAACAACUGCCAACGUCACAGUAGAUGGUGUGGUAGAGCCAUAUGAAGAAUUUGAAACAGACGUAGGCAAAUACCGACCCUUGAGGCAUGGUGUUCCAAGAAUAGCUCCAGAUGGUCUGAUGCUUGAAUCGUCUACUCCAACUGAUCUUACAAUUUGUUGGAGUCCAGUCAUUUCUGAGGAUGGCAGUGACUUAAGCUACACGGUGGAGAUGUCGAAGGACAAUGGAUAUUUCUGGAGCCCAGUACUAACGAACCUUCAAACAAAUCGAGCUGUUCUUCCACAUACAAUCGCAUCACCACUUCAGCCAAUUCAACUUCGAGUUCUUGCCGAGAAUGCUCUUGGAACUGGACCGCCAUCUCAACCUGUGCUGAAAAUUCCAGCUCGUGUAAGCGUACCAAAUAUGGCUACUGUUAAACCCAUGAUCGCUAAGGCAGAUCUUGGAUCGGUUAUGAUUACUUGGACUGAUCCGCCUGGUUCACGCGAUGGUAACAUCUCCUACAUUGUUGAAGUUAGAGAAGGCACUAGGAGUGAUUGGAAGCCUAUUGCUUCGGGCUUAAAGGAUAAGGCCUACGUUCACCAUCUUAAACCUGGUGUCUCGACAAUGGUGCGAAUUCGGGCUUAUAACGGGUUCGGAACAUCAGAACCGAGUGCAACGGCGAUAGCGAACCUUCCAGUUGAACAUCUAAUCCCAGAUCUUGCCGUAGAUCCACCAUGGGUUUCGGUCAUUCGACCGGAUAUCAAUUUCUCUGAAAAGAGUGCUCAUGCUGGACUCAUGCUUCAUUGGAAAGAAGCUUACCUUCCCGAAUAUUGUGACGCCUGUGUUCGAGGAUUGAGACCAAUCUACACUGUGGAGUGGAGAAAAGGUAGAACUGGUCCAUGGAGUGUAAUUGAUGAUUGUAUCUCUGACACGACCUCGUAUAAACUACCCAGCUACGUAUACAGAGCUGUUCAAGACGCAUCAAACUACAGUUCACAGACACCGGAAAUUCGAGUGGUGUGUAGAAAUGACUAUGGCUCAACUCUUGCCACAAAAUCUUUGCGCUUAACAGAUUUCGGUCUGCCAAAACAAAAUGAUUUGGAUUCUGCUAAACCCUUACGUCAAGAGGAAUCUCUUUUCACACUCCCAAUUAUUUCCCUUCCCCAAGGUUCCGAAAAACGUCCAAUCUGGUUGACAUCUAUGGAUAUAGAGAAUGGAAUAAGUCUCAAAUGGGAAGAAUCCCUUCAUACUUCAGAUGGUAGUCCUCAUGGAAAGUACCGAAUGGAAUAUGCAAUCAUCCCGAAUAGUAGGAUAACGGAUCCUGAAGGAUGGUGGAAACCUAUUGGUCCUGGAUCACAACCUAUUCUCGGCGAUUCAUAUUGUCUAGAUCUUUCACUAAGUUCCACCUCUGAGCAGUACAUUCGUCUGCUUGGGCUUACUAAUGACGGAAUGAUUUCUGGGUGGUUGAAUGGUUAUAGACAAGUCAGAAUUCCUUCCAAACGUCAAUUGCUUCCAUCAGCUGUGGAAAGUCUACGAGCUCGAGUUCAUCAGCCCAAGAAUAAGGGAGGAAAUUACUCUGUUCGCUUAGACUGGAGUCCCUGUGGACAAACAGAAGGAGAGCAAAUUCUUUCGGAACAACUGGAAAGGGGAUUGUACUUCCAACCAAUGGAAACAACCUACCGGAUUGAGGCACAAGAAGGUCACGGAGUAUGGCGAGAGAUUGGAAGUGUUUUAGGCUCCUCGAAAACCUUCUUUGAGCACAAAACUCCGCUAAGUGGCUCAACUUUAAGGUAUCGAGUCAUUCCGAUAAACCGAUAUGGCGAAGGGCCCGCAGUAGAAGCUCCUGCUAUUCAAAUCCCGAAAAAGCUCACGGACCUGCAGGAAUGUGUAGAGGAUCUUAAGGCGCUAAUUAUCGCUCCGCAGUCUGUAUUCCUUCGUUGGCGACUGGGAGAUGAGGCAAUCGAUGCGCUGGAAUCAACGUGCAGCCGAGUGCCCUCAACUUCUGAUUCACCGUCACGUAUGGGUGAUAGUGGAUAUGAGGAUACGGAUUGGCGAGGCGCAGUUCGCUAUUGUGUCGAGCGUCGUGAUGGAUUCUCCUCUGAUUGGUAUCCAGUGGCAACUGUAGAUAGUAUUCAAGAUGAAUUGACGGGAAAAGUUACCCUGAAGAAUUGCCCCAAAGAGAUGUAUGGUAAUGAAUAUCGAGUCAUUGCCCUGCUAAACGGACAGCCCUGUGCUCCCAGUAGACCCGUGAGAAUUAAUAUUAAGUCUGCCGAACUGGCUCCUGAUCUAUCCUACCAAAAAGUGCAUGUUGAUGUGAACAAGGUGGAUGAAUACCUCAUUUCAUAUCCAGAGGAAAAGCUGGAAGCCUUUUUCAGCAACCACAUUCUCGCUUCCACAUUUCCACAAAGUUUGGAGGAAGGACUGACAUUCGAUGUAGAAGCCAUGAUUGGAAAUAGCAAAGAAUGGAAAAAGAUUGCUACUGGUCUAUCCAGCCCAUCCUUCGCCUGGGGAGAAGUCAAUCCGCUGAUUCCAUACUCCUUCCGAAUUGUCGGUCGAAAUCAGUUCGGUGCUGGAUUGCCCUCUCGAACUACUCAUGUUGACGCCCAAGUUGUGAUUCCUGAUCUCUCCUUUGUCGUUCCAAUUGUUCGGGAGCCUACAGGAAUUCUUGAAGGCCGUGAACCACCAGAACUUAAAUGGCAAACACCUCGAGUGUACAGUCUUACUCAGACGUUGACUCCCUUCACUUAUGAGGUCCAAGUCCGACAUAUUGGUGGGGGAAGCUCAUCCGACGAUUGGAAGGUGUUCAAGGAGGGUUUGAAACAACCGAAGUGUACAUUGGAAGGUUUAGAUCCAACACAGGAGUAUGCUCUUCGUGUGGUUGCUGUAACAAACUUUGGAAGAGGUGAACCUAGCCAACAAACACGAAAGAGAAGGUCUAGAGCAGGACGUGCAAGUCGGUCCUUGAGUAAUUACGGCAGUUCGAACAGCUCCUAUGACUCCAUUCCCCCACAGUUUGAGAACCCUUCAACAGAAUUGAUCUAUGUUCCUACCGGUGGCGAUUUGGAUCUGCGAUGCACUCUAUCCUCAUACAAUUUGAAGAACCCAGUGCAGUUUAUUUGGUCUUUCAAUUCCCAGGAAAUUCCCAACCUUCCCAAACACGAGCAGUUCCCGUCAGGAUACUUCCAACAUGUCACCGGUGGAGGAAAAUCCGCACAAUUACGUCUCUUUGAUCUUGAUGAACGCGAUUUUGGUACAUACACUUGCAAGGCUGUCAAUGCCUACGGAUCAGUUGACAAGGAAUUCCGCGUGGUUAGAGCCGAUGCCCCAGUGAUUACAGAAGUUCCAAUGCCGAUUAUAACACUGCCAGUCCAUUACACUCUACUCCUGCCUUGCUGUGUGGAUGCUGUUCCACCGGCCAAAAUAACCUGGACCCGUGACUCCAAGCGCCUCACUUCAUCUUACCGUACGUGGAUCGGUGGAGAAACUGGCGCUUCGGGACAAUCUGAUUGGUCAGCUGAUGAAGAUGAAAUGGAACUCGGUGAAUUGACUGUUGAUGCCUCUCUGCGUGUAGAACGAUGCGUGUUUCAAGAUGCUGGUCUUUACACAAUGAUUGCAGAGAAUCCAGCUGGAAGGGCUCAGACAAGCUGUAUUGUUCGAAUUGAAGGUGAGAUCCCCAUUUCCAUCAUCAAUUUGUUCCAUGUGAUUCACUUAUAG